AUGCCCGCCUCGGCCGAUUUGACAGUCGAUAUUCACUCGUCAUGUGAGCAUUUGCCAGUGCGGCCAGCGGGGAGACUGGGAGGCUCGAGCCCGUCGGUGGCGACGCCGGCGUUGGUGUCGGUCCCGUUCAGCUGGGAGGAACGCGAUUCCCACGCCCAGGCCCGCCGUCGCUCAGCGCGUGGGUACUCGGAUCCAGGUCUUUGGAAUCAGGGUGCGGUCCGGAAGGCCAGGGCGACGCUUCCGGAGCCUGGGGGUGAGGCCCCUGAGCCUCCCCUGCUCGCUGGACUCGAGUCGCCUAUUUCCCAGCCGUUUGGGACUCAUGAUGUUCGACAAUCUGAGCCUGCCGUCCGCUCGUCCUCAUCAUCUCGCAAUGGCGCAAAGAGGCGUUCUGGUGCCGUCUUCUCGACGGCCUCUUACCCCGAUCGGUUGUCUGCCCACGCUCCGGGGCUCUUCAUGUCGAUCCUGAUGGGAUGGGAGGCAGCGCCACCGUCUGUUGGGACAGCAUCGGUCGGUGAAGCUGCGGGCGAGCUGAGGGUUGUCUCCCGUCACGCUGGAAAGAGGCUGUUCGCCAGGUCCGGAGGCAAGGGUCACCGCCUCCGGGACUUUUACGCUUGCGCACACCCUAGGACGGGGCGUCGAUGA